GCCCCGGCAUGGGCAGCCGCGGGGCCCGGCGAUGAGCGCUCCCUCGGCCGCGUCCCCCCGCGCGAAUAUGGGCACAGCCGUGUCCAAAAGGAAGACGCUCAGGAACGAGGCCAUGUCGUCCGUGGCGGCCAAAGUGAGAGCGGCUAGAGCUUUUGGAGAAUACCUUUCACAAAACCAUCCUGAAGGCAGAAAUGGCUCAGAUCACCUGCUAGCAGACUCCUACAUCGGGCAGGAGGACUCCCCUGAGAUGCAGCAGGUGGCCCAGAACAAGCGCAGGCUCUCGGUCAUCUCGGACGGCAAAUUCGAGAGGAGCUUCACCGAGGAGCAGGCGGAGAAGCUGCCGAGCGAGGGCCCCAAGCCACGAGUCUACACCAUCUCUGGGGAGAGGCCAAUGCUGUCGGAGCACGAGAACGACAGCAUGGAGCUGGUGGUGAUGAAGGGGGCUGCCCACGAGGAGUGUCACCACGGGCACCACGCGCAUGGUGCCGGCGGCUCGCACGGCGUCCGGCACUGCAAGGCCUGGCCCGGCGGCCGCCAGGGCUCCAAGGAGUGCCCCAACUGCUCCAGGCUGGCUGCCCCUUCCCAGCAGUCCAUUGAGCUGGAGCAGCACCCACCUGGUGAGGCUGGGUGGCACAGGAAAAGGCUGGAGAGGAUGUACAGUGUCGAUCGGGUGUCUGAUGAUGUCCCCAUACGAACCUGGUUCCCAAAAGAGAACCUCUUCAGUUUUCACACUGCUACCACAACUAUGCAAGCGAAUUUUCGGAAGCACCUCCGCAUGGUGGGGAGCCGAAGAGUUAAAGCACAAACAUUUGCCGAACGGCGUGAGAGGAGCUUCAGCAGGUCCUGGAGUGACCCGACUCCCAUCAAAGCUGAUUCCUUCCAUGACUCUCGAGAAAGCCAUGACCUUCAGGAUUCCUGCGGGACUCUGGAUGGUGACUUUGACUUGAACUGGGAAGCAGAAAAGGAACUUGAAGCCAUGGCAUGUGAUGGAGAAGACUUUAUUCCACCAAAAAUAAUGCUCAUUUCUUCCAAGGUGCCCAAAGCAGAGUAUGUCCCAACAAUUAUCCGCAGGGACGACCCCUCCAUCAUCCCCAUCCUCUAUGACCAUGAACAUGCUACCUUUGAUGACAUCCUGGAGGAAAUAGAGAAGAAGCUGAACAUUUAUCGCAAAGGCUGCAAAAUCUGGAAGAUGCUGAUAUUUUGCCAGGGAGGCCCUGGGCACUUAUACUUGUUAAAGAACAAAGUCGCCACUUUCGCCAAAGUGGAGAAGGAGGAAGAUCUGAUCCUCUUCUGGAAGAGGUUGAGCAGGCUGAUGAGUAAAGUCAAUCCUGAACCAAAUAUCAUCCACAUCAUGGGCUGCUAUGUUCUUGGAAACCCCAAUGGGGAGAAGCUAUUUCAGAAUCUGAAAAACUUAAUGAAUCCUUAUAGGGUUGCCUUUGAGUCUCCACUUGAACUAUCAGCUCAAGGUAAGCAAAUGAUUGAGACUUACUUUGACUUCCGCCUUUACCGCCUCUGGAAAACCCGCCAGCACUCCAAACUGUUGGAUUACGAUGACAUUUUGUGAGCUGGAGAAGACUUUGCAAGAGGAAGCUCAUCACCAGUGUCCAAGAAGUCAUGCUUUAUUGCAGAGAGACUUUUUUAUUGGCACGGGGAGCCCUUCACAGCCCUACAGGAGGCAGCAGUGCUAAAGGGAGGGAAGGAGGAGCCCUCGGAAGGGUCAGCAGGAAAAGGCUCCUGGGCCAAGAGAGACUGCAGGGAAGGGGGUGACAGUGACACCUCGCUGGCCUCAGUCCGAGCCCUGGGGCCUCAGGAGGAGCUGUGUGAAACGAGGACGGGAUGGAGUUCCUGGCAGAACUGAGCUGUUUUGGGUCAGAAUGGGCCAGAUUUGAUUCCAGGUCCUUUUAAAGACUUUUGAAGCUCAGGUUUUCUUACCGAAAAAACACAAACCUAAUUAACCCAUGCACUACAGUGAAGAAGUCACCAGAGCACAGAGGGAGCAGGGGGUUGUCCUGGUGGGACUUUCUGUGCUGGGAGUCCUGGAGAGCAAGGACUGCUACACCUACUCCUGCAAGCUUAGAGCAAGAUGAUCCCAUUUCCAUGUGACUAUAUACUGGGAUAUAGAAUUGAAAUCUUCUUUUUUGUUUGUUUGUUUUGUUUAAUAGAAAAUAAGUGCAAUUUUUAUAGCGAGGGAGGGUGUAAAAUCCCUCCUGAUAUUUAAUUAGUUAAAAACAACACACCAUAACCAAUAGAUGAGGUAUUUUUGGUCUGCUUGAAAAUAUAUUCAGAAUGGUAAUAUAUCUUCUGUAGACAUAUUUAAUCACCAGCAAACAUGGUUUUAACAUAAGUUAGCAGACCCUGCAUGUCUGCUGCAUUGGUUUGGUUCCUUUCAGAGUAGCUGUGCUGCACUACCUGUACGUGCUCUCACCAAUGUGUAGUUCUCCUCCAGUUAGCCACAACUUCAUUACUUUCUAUUUUGCUGCUUGCAAAACUAUGGAACUUUAGUUUUGCUGAAGUACUUUAGGUUAGAAACACGGGACCUGGCUGGGAAGCCUCAGUCAGGCUCGCUUUGGUAUAAAAAUGAAUUAGAAUUUAAUAGCCAUGGUAAUUAAUUGUUCAUGCCAGUGUUUUGCUGUGUGUUGGGAGAGGAGCUCUCUUCCUGUGUGGAGACCCCUCUGAGGGGGCUGAGCACUGAGGCAUUUGGGAGAAAUGCUUCUGGAGGGACACAGCACAGACUUGGAGCAUGAGUUUGACUCUGUUCACUUGAUUGCCAGUUGUUUGUGCAUAACCCUCCCCUUUUCCCCUGACCUGUUUCUUGGUCUGAGCUGCUCUGCCCCUUCCUGUGGAGGACAGAGAAAACCCUGAGCUCUGUCAGAGCAGCCUAAGAGCCCAAGUCUUUACUUGAUAUUUGAUGGUACCUUUUGGAAUCUAUUUAUUUUUGUUUGGUUGGGUAAAGGGGUGCUUUUUUGGUUUUGGGAAUGGGGCUUUUUUUCACAUUCUGCUGUCCUUUCAGAGGACAAAUAGUACUUAGAGUCUGUGUAGGUCACUGGCAAUUCUGGGAGGUGACACAUGUUAUUUCUUUUACAAGCAAAGGAAGUAACAGAGAAGGAUUACCUUAUUUUCCUGGUAUCUCAAAUUUGUUGAUUGUGAAGUGAAGGAAAAUACGUGUACAAAUCUUCUUUUAACUACUUAAAAAGAGAACUUGUUGUUCUGAUCUGUAGAGUCCUCCUUCCCCUGUGGUUGUGAUUUUGGGGAGCAGGCCCCUGGCUAGAACUGCUGAACCCUUUACAUUUAGAGCAGUUUUAUAGCAAAACUUUUGAAGAAAUAAUGUACAUACAGAAAGGAGAGGAAUGGGUGGAGAGAGGUAGUUUAAAGUCACUGAAAGCCACACAGAUAGGUGUUGGCUGUUGCCUCCCCCAGGAUGGGAGUUUGGUAGCCACGUCUCAUCCCUGGACUCAGUCAGGUUUGCCAGACUUACAGUGAAGGGGAGAACAGGCACCAGUCUGCAGCUUUUGGAAGAAAAUGCCAGAUAUAAAAGAAAAAGAACCCCAAAUCUGUGUCAAUUACUGUUUAACAUGGGAGCUUCCACCAGCUCUGCAGUGAGAGAUGGGAGCCAGAGGUGCACUGAAAGCACAAAGUCAUGUUAUCUGGAGAAGGAAAUGGUUGUGGGAGGAUUAAAAUGCUGACACAAAACUCUCUCCCUUUCUGACUCUUUCACCUCCUAACUGGAGACAGGCAAGCUGUUCUUCCUUUCUCAAAUCCCAAUUCAGUGAACUUGGUAGCAUGAAUGUAGCAUUGUGCAACUAUUGAAAAUCUUAUUUAACCCCCAAAGGGCCCAUUUAUGUAUCCACUUGAGUGAUUUCUCUGUAGAAUUGUUGUAUAUCCUCACUGACCACUUGUAGUACUUGGGGUGCAAAGUAGAAGAUAGAUUGUACAGUAAUUUCUGUGUUGGAAUGGACACUAUGGACUGUUCUCCUGGUGCAGUUUAUGGGAUAUGACAACUGAUGAAUGCAUUUCCCUCCAAAGAUCUGUAUUCCUCAUAGCUUGUGAUGUUUAUAACAUGAACAUAUUUUUUCCUUUGUAGCAUU